AUGGGCGAACAAACAGCAAACCCAAAGAAAGAAGAGGGAAAGGCCCCAGUGACGGGAGACUAUGACCUCUCGACACCAAUCGACCCCAACGCCGCGGGGUUGAGGCAGGGCCUGACGUCCUAUGGUGAUGCUCACUUCUCGCUGUUCCUGCGCAAGGUCUUCAUCAAGGCUCUCGGGUACAGUGAAGACGCGCUCUCGAGGCCCAUUAUUGGCAUUGUCAACACCUACUCAAGCUUCAACCCGUGCCAUGCAAACGUCCCCCAGCUGAUCGAGGCCGUGAAACGCGGCGUCCAGCUCAAUGGCGGGCUGGCGAUUGAUUUCCCGACUAUCAGUAUUCAUGAGAGCUUUGCGUCGCCGACGAGCAUGUAUCUGCGGAAUCUCAUGAGCAUGGAUACGGAGGAGAUGAUCAAGGCGCAGCCGUGUGAUGCAGUGGUCCUCAUCGGAGGCUGUGAUAAGACAACUCCUGCGCAGUUGAUGGGUGGCAUAUCGGCGAACAAGCCCAUCCUACACCUGGUCACUGGCCCCAUGAUGCCGGGAAGCCAUAAAGGUGUGAGAAUCGGUGCUUGCACAGACUGCCGCAACAACUGGGCUGCCUACAGAGCUGGCAAAAUUGAUAUUGAAGAUAUUUCGGCUAUUAACGACGAGCUGGCACCUACGGGAGGUACUUGUGGCGUCAUGGGCACCGCAUCGACGAUGGCUUGUAUCCUUGUCGGUCUCGGAAUGAUGCCGUUCAAAGGCGCCACUGCGCCAGCAGUCUCGUCAACGAGACUACGCAUCGCCGAGCAGACUGGAGGUCUAGCUGUAGCCCUCCAUCAAAAGAACCUCAAGCCACAAGACCUGCUGACCCGCGAGUCUUUCCUCAACGCAAUCACCGUCUUGCAGGCCAUUGGUGGGUCAACCAACGCAGUUGUACACAUGAUGGCUAUUAUAGGCCGUCACCCUGCUGUAGCCGGCACAAUCACGCUGGACACCUUUGAUGAAAUUGGAAGAAAGACACCGUUGUUGGUUGACCUGAAGCCCAGCGGACAGAACUACAUGGACGACUUUCACAAUUCCGGCGGCAUGCUGGCGCUUUUGCACCAACUCAAGCCCCUGUUGCAUCUGAACGCCAUGACGGUGACAGGCAAAACACUGGGAGAAGAGUUGGAGAGUACGCCAUUCACCCCUAUUCCCCGGGAUAGCUUGGUCAAUUGUCUUCAGCCUUUCAACGAUCCUCUGUACCCAGCUUCGGCCUUGGCUGUGCUCCGUGGCAAUAUUGCCCCAGGCGGAGCUGUAACGAAGCAGAGUGCGUCGAAAUAUCGCCGACUACUGAAGCAUUCCGGCCCCGCAGUCGUAUUCGCUGGCUCCGCAGACAUGGCCCUUCGUAUCGAUGACCCCGAUCUCGAGGUGACGCCCGAUAGCGUGCUCUUACUCCAAAAUAUCGGGCCUGUCGGCAACCCAGGUAUGCCAGAAGCGGGACUUAUCCCGAUCCCCCGAAAGCUCGCAGCCCAGGGAGUCGAGGACAUGCUUCGCCUAUCUGACGGCCGUAUGAGCGGUACGGCGGGCGGGACUAUCGUUCUGCACAUUUCUCCCGAAGCGGCGGACCCCGAAUCGGUUCUUGGUAUCGUCAGAACUGGCGACAUCAUAACCUGCGAUGUGGAACAACGUCUCAUCAAAGUCGAGAUAUCCGACGAGGAGAUUGAGAAGAGAAUUGCCGAGAAGAAAAAAGCCUUGGCCAAGGAAGAGGAAGACGGCGGCAGCAAUGCGCCUUGGGUGGCAAAAAAGAGAAUUCGCGGUUAUCGAGGACUAUAUCUGCGUUCCGUCAUGCAGGCAGAAGGGGGAGCCGAUUUUGACUUCUUAACAGCGAAUGGUCCACCCCAAUAG